GUUAAAAAAAAAAAAAACUGGGAUAUACAACGAAAAACUUGGAAAUUACAACAUAUCUAUUUUACAUUGUUGGUAUUAACUGCUAACUAUAUUCGCAUCAAAACGUUCAUCACCGAUCUCGACAUUUGAAGGUAGAUAACAACUAAAAGGCACGAGCAGAAAUGAUGAUGAGACUCCAAAUACUAAGCACGUACAGUUUCAUGACAUCCAUGUCUCUUCUUUUGCUUGGAGAAGACAUUUUCCCCCUUCAAUGAAUCUUCUUCACUUGGGAACCUAGCACGAGGAAGAAUAACAAUCAGGGCUUGACAGAUUCAUGGUCAUGUGUGUAUGGACUCCAACGGUUAAAGGUUUCCCGAGCUCCUUUUCCUACCAUCCCACAUUAUCUAAGUGUGUGCAAUUUUGCCAUUCAAUUUUCAUACGGAUCAGUUCCAUGUGAAAUUGGAAAUAAUUGGAGAUGAACUUUAAAUGGUCAACCAUCACUAGACCUGCAGAACCCAUAAAACCAGCCUUCCGCCAACUAAAACCAUGCAAUCGCAUUUGAUCAAGAGAAAACAACCAUCUAUAUCAUGAGUAGAGCGAGUACUGAACUAGGUCUACAUAGCAGCACAUUGUGAACCAGUUUGAUCUCACAAAUGCAAUUGACAGAUUCUGCCCUACUCAGGUUACUAGACAUAACCAUAACAGCAAUAAAAUCCUUCCAGCUCAGGCAGGACAAGGAGCAAGAAAAAGACCAGUGCUUUAGGCUACUUAAGAAGGAUAAGCAAUUUUGCACUUCAUAGAGAAACUGACAAAUGGGAACAAGCUUGAUCCCAAAUGCAAGCAAGGGCAGGGAAGGGAAGAACUCAGACAAGCAGUUGGUUAGAAAAUGACCCGAGCCACCAACAAAACAACUAUACAUGGGAGUAAUUCUCACAAACAAGACCAAGGAACAAGAGAAACGCCAGCCAUCCAGAUCACAAAAAAGACAUGCACUCGACUUCAACAUGCAAUGCAGAUCCUGCAACAACUAAUAACCAUCCCAAUUCGACUCCUCCAGUUCUUUCCAAAUUUCCACAGUUCGGGUUACGAUCCUAACAACUCCUGCUGAAUUUCUCUACCCAAUCAAAUUGUACAAAGCAAUGAACUAACCAGCAAUUGAGAAACGUAAUUAUAAAGAUCAAUCAACGGGCCGUAAAGAAGACGAUUCUGAGACUAACCGAAUGCGAGAACCGUAAUCGUUGCGAGCGCAAAAAGUUUUGAUCUUGUAUGGACGCCGAGUAGUACAAUCCGUUUCUAGCGAAGCGGGAACAAGAGGAAACGGCGGAGCAAGAGGAAAGAAGGCAGAUUUGGAGUGAAGAGGAGAGAGUCGGAGAUGGAGAGAGCGAGGCAACAAUGGAGGAGGAGGAGAAGAUUCAUCAAGAUUCCUACCGUCGCUCGUGUGGGUAAUGGGUUUGGUCCCUGGCACGUGCCGGUUUCUUCUGCUUUAUUUUCUCAAAGCUUUGCUUGCAAGGUGGAUUAAUGGCGAAUGAAAAUGUGGCGGGUGCGGCGGUUUCAGUUGCCACCUCUACAAUUCUCACCAGAACCAAAUUACACACACCACACCGUGUCGUUGAAACGAAGACCUGAGACGACGUCGUUUCAAGUUUCCCUCUUUUUCUGAUGCAUUCUUUGGCGGCAAGUCAUCAAUCGUCUCUAACUAACUGAAAUUCGUCGCUCGGUCGCUGAUCGCAGUUCCAUUGACGGAGAAGAAGAUACGAAUCGGGAGAAAGGCGGAGUGGUGAUCGCGGCAGGAUGGGAGUCCAGGGACUGUGGGACUUACUCGCUCCGGUCGGCCGUCGCGUGUCCGUCGAGACGCUUUCCGGGAAGAGGCUCGCAAUUGACGCGAGCAUUUGGCUGGUCCAGUUCAUGAAGGCCAUGAGGGACGAGAAGGGGGACAUGGUGCGUAAUGCACAUUUGCUAGGGUUCUUUCGUAGAAUUUGCAAGCUGUUGUAUCUCAGGACCAAGCCUGUGUUCGUCUUCGAUGGAGGCACGCCUGCUCUGAAGCGGCGCACGGUUAUUGCAAGGCGGAGGCAGCGAGAGAACGCGCAGGCUAAGAUUCGGAAAACCGCCGAGAAAUUACUCCUCAAUCAACUGAAGACAGCGAGGCUGAAAGAGUUGGCAAAGGAUCUUGAAAACCAGAGGAAGAAUCAGAAGAAUAACGCCAAGGGCAAGAAGGUUUUACCAGAGCCUGCAGCAAGCAGUUUGGAGAAUAGAGAUGCAACAUUUGAUCAUGUCAAUCAAGAGAAAUUGGAUGAGAUGUUGGCUGCGUCUAUAGCAGCGGAGGAAAAUGUGGGUGUAGAAAAUGCAUCAACAUUUGCUGGUCCGGAAAGGCAGGAUGAUGAAGAUGAGGACCUGAUACUGCCUGAGAUAGAUGGUGACCUGGAUCCGGAUGUAUUGGCUGCUUUGCCGUCAUCAAUUCGACGUAAAGUUCUGAUGAAGAAAGGGUCAAUGGUGGAAGACAGACAAUUUCAUGAUGAAACAAAGAUUGAAAACAGCAAGAAAAAUGAGAAGGGAAAGGAGGUAUUGUCGGACCCAGCCGAAGUAGAGGAGAACAAUUUUGAAGGGCUUGACAAAGGGAUGGAAAGUUUCAACCAAGAAAAGCUAGAUGAGAUGUUGGCUGCAUCUCUUUUAGCUGAAGAAGAUGGGAGUCGUAAGUAUAAUACAACAUCUGUUGCUUCUGCUCCCUUCGAGGGCGGUGAAGAUGAUGAUGAUGAUGAAGAGAUGAUUCUUCCAACAGUCCCAGGGAAAUUUGAUCCUGCUGUCUUAGCAGCUCUGCCACCAUCAAUGCAACUGGAUCUUCUUGUGCAGAUGAGAGAGAGGUUGAUGGCUGAAAACAGACAACGAUAUCAAAAAGUCAAGAAGGCUCCUGAAAAGUUCUCCGAGCUCCAAAUACAAGCUUAUCUCAAAACUGUUGCAUUCCGUCGAGAAAUAGAUCAAGUGCAGAAAGCUGCUGCAGGGGGAAAUGUAGGUGGUGUUCAGACUUCAAGGAUAGCCUCUGAAGCCAACAGAGAAUUUAUCUUUUCAUCAUCAUUUACUGGGGAUAAGCAGUUAUUUACUUCUGGUGGAGUGCUGAGCAGUGGGGAUAAGCAACAACCACCACCAAGUGGGCUUCCAUCACAUUCUGUUAAAGAUGGUGCUUCUGGCAGUAACGCAGCUACAAUGGCAGGAAUUGGCCUUGAAGAAUCUGGAAAUGUUUUUGAUGAUGAUGUUGAAACCUAUACAGAUGAAAGGGGUCGUAUUCGAUUAAGUAGAGGACGUGCCAUGGGGAUGCGGAUGACCCGAGAUUUACAGCGGAAUUUAGAUAUAAUGAAGGAGAUGGAACAGGUUGAAAUUGAUGUUGCAAGCGUUCCCUCUAAGACCAUGGGGGGACAAGCUAAUUCUGGAGAAGGAAUUCCUAGUGCAAGAACCGAAGUCAGAGGUUCAGAUGAUAAUAGUGUUGGAUCUACACAGUUGAACAAGAGAAAUGGACACCAUUUGAUAGAUAACAAUAGUUGUAUGCAGAUUUCAUUUGAGAUUGAUGGUGCGAGCAAGUCUUAUGAAAGUGAUGAUGACAUGUUCUCUUGUUUAGUUGCUGGACAACCAAUUGACAUCUCUUCUGUUGACAAUGAUACAACCCGGAAACAGGCUCUUGAUUCAGCUUCUGAUAGUGAUUGGGAGGAAGGGAGCAUUACGACAAAAUGGGAUGGUUCUUCCACUGACCCAGAGUUAGUAAAUAAGUCAUUCCUAAAGGCAAGCAACAAUAGCGAUGGCAGUGAAGUGGAAUGGGAAGAAGAACCAUCUGAGGUAAAAAAUAAGCUUUCGUGCCAGGUUCAAUCUGGGAAACCUGUUUCAAGAGGUGAGUUGCAAGAAGAUGCUGAUUUGCAGGAAGCCAUAAGGAGAAGUCUCAAGGAUCCAGGAAGUGGUAAAGGAUUUGCAGAAAAUGGUGACGAACUUGUAGUUAUUAAUCGAAGCGACAGCAGGCAAGUGUUGAAUAUGGUUAGGAAGGAUAUUCAGGAAAGUAAUAUAAACAUUGGCACUAUGGAAGCAAAUGAACCAUGUGGUCCAAGUACAGCUAAUGAGCCCCACAAGGUCUCUCGAAGCACAUUGUCUGGAAUGCAUGGUCUUGAUGAUAUCAGUAAGACAUGUCUAGAGCACACAGGUUCUAAGUUUGAAGAAUGUCGAUGGGAUACAAGCAAAGAGCUCAAGGCAAAUGGAGAAGUACAAUGGCCAAAUCCAGAGCAAUCUGUAGAUGCUACUGCUGAGGCUGGUGGGUUAUCUACCGCAACAACUAGUUUCUAUCCGGCUGAGGAUUCUCAUAUUUCUAAACCAGUCAUUGGUGAUAGCAUGAUGAGUGUUGGUAUGGACAAUGUUCAAACAGAAGCUUCCAUGUUUGUCAGGGAGGAUAAAGUUGCUCCUGAAACUGAAGCAUCACUUCAUUCAGUUGAGGAAACUAUAGCAAAUUCUUCUGGAUCAUACAUAGAGUCUCUUAGAGGAGAUUCAACAGCUCCUGAUGACAUUGAGGAACAAAUGGUUGGUGAGAAGAUCCUCGACACACAAUUUGCAUCAAAGAACAGCGAGAAUCAUGCUGCUGCUGAUACAAAUGAUGAGAAAGUUUUUUCACAGGCUACCGUAGAGGAGGAGAUACAUAUACUGGGUCAAGAAUUUAUGAAUCUGGAAGAUGAACAGAGAAAGCAUGAACGCAAUGCUGAAUCAGUCACCAGUGAAAUGUUCGCGGAGUGCCAGGAGCUUCUUCAAAUGUUUGGCAUACCAUAUAUAAUAGCACCAAUGGAGGCAGAAGCUCAAUGUGCAUACAUGGAACUCGCAGGCAUUGUUGAUGGUGUUGUAACUGAUGACUCUGACGUUUUUCUAUUUGGAGCGUGUAGUGUGUACAAGAAUAUAUUUGACGACCACAAAUAUGUGGAGACUUACUUCUUGAAGGAUAUUGAGAAGGAACUUGGCCUGACUAGAGAUAAACUAAUUCGUAUUGCAUUGCUUCUCGGAAGCGACUAUACUGAAGGAGUUAGUGGGAUUGGUAUUGUUAAUGCUAUUGAGGUUGUUGAUGCUUUCCCUGAGGAUGAUGGCCUGCAGAAAUUUAGAGAGUGGAUAGAAUCGCCAGAUCCAACCAUCCUUGGGAAGCUGGGUGGAAAGCCUCGCUCAAGUGGUAAGAAACAAGGAUCCAAAGUUGCUGACAGUAAAUUGGAUCCAUCUGACAAGGACACUGCGUCAAUGGAUGGUAUUGACGAGAUAAAGCAGAUUUUUAUGGACAAGCAUAGAAAUGUUAGCAAGAACUGGUAUAUCCCUUCCUCUUUUCCAAGCGAAGCAGUCAUUUCUGCAUAUUGGUCGCCCCAAGUUGAUAAAUCAGCAGAACCUUUCACAUGGGGAAAGCCAGAUCUUCACCUUCUGAUACGAUUAUGCUGGGAAAGAUUUGGCUGGAAUGUCCAAAAGUCGCAGGAGUUGCUUCUGCCUGUCCUGAAAGAGUACAACAAACGCGAGACUCAACUGCGGUUGGAAGCAUUUUACACUUUCAACGAGAGAUUUGCUAAGAUUCGAAGCAAGAGAAUCAAGAAAGCUGUAAAAGGAAUUACUGGAAAAUCAAGUUCAACCGUAUUGGAUGAUGUCCCAGAAGAAGCUCAUGAAUUGACUAAGAAAAGAAGAGCGACUCCUGCUGAGUCUGAACUUAAGUCAGCAGAAGGAUCUAUUCUUAGUAGCGACCACAAUCUUUCCGGAAAAUCAACGACUAAGAGAUCUAAGAAAGCAAGUACCACUGCGAAGGAUAUCUCAUCUGAAAAGGAGGAAUCAGGGCAAGAGUUGUUGUCAGGAAACAGGCAGCAGACUGCAGAAGGCUCAAACAAGUGUGGGAGAGGUAGGGGUAGUGGUGGAAGGAAAGGUAAAGGGAAAGGAAUAGGAAGUGGGAGGGGAAGGGGAAGGGGGAGGAGAUCUCGAGGUUUGGAACCAUCUGGACAGAGUUCUGGGGACACUGAGAGCAGCAGUGAAGAACACGAGGAUCAGAUUCAGAACUCAAAGAGGCCAAAUGAAGUGCGACGGUCGAAACGGUUGAGACAUCCUGUUAGUUAUACAUCCGACCUGGAAAUGGAUGACGUGAUCAAUUCAGUAGACCCAGAUGGUAAAGAAGAGGCAGCAGGAGAAGCUAAAGCCCAUCCAGGAAAUGCUGACUCGAGUCCUGCUGUUAGAGAACCGCAGAAUCUGGAAGACGAUUUAUUAGUGCAGAUGGAUACAACACCUAGGGAGGAUCUCGAAACAGGAGGUGGUUUCUGCAUGGAUGAAGGUGAAUCUGGUAACCCCGAGGGUGGCAUUAGCAUUAAUCCUUCUGAAAGCAACGCUUUGAAAGAUUACUUAGAGAGCGGAGGUGGGUUUUGUGUGGAUGAAAGUGAUGCACACAACAAUCAAGCUGAUGUCGUCAGCCUGUCUCCACCCCUCGAGGAAGAUUCCGCCGAGAAGCCUCGUCAUGGUGGUUUGAUGAAUGAGGUCAAGUUUGCUGCUUUUUCAUCACUGAAUGCUGUGAAUGAAAGCGCAGCCGAUAAGGAUCCACGCACUGAGACAUUGAGAACUUCAGAAACUGAUGUUCAUCUGCAGUCCGGCAGCUCAUCUAUUCAUGAAAGCAUUGUAGAUGAUACCUUGGCUCCUGAAGCAGGAGGUCUAAGGGCGAUGCCUUUCUUGAAAAGAAAGCGAAGGAAGAGCUGAAAAGCUGAGUGUAUGGUUGCUGGUGUGUACGUCGUAGCAGUAGAGUAGUAUAUAAGUAAUAAUUAUUCCGUAAAUGUCGAACUUUGCUGUGCAGUCUGGUAUGGUAUGUUUGAUGUUUCUCGUUCGGCUCUGUUUUUCGCCAUUUUUGAAAAUUCUGAUUCGUUCAGACUUCCAAGGCGAAUUUUUGGCAAGUUUGUGCCAUGCGUGGCUGGGUUAUGGGCUUUUACAUUUUAUAAGCCUAAUUGGCGAAAUCGUCUGUCAGGGUUGGGCUUGGGCUCGAGUUAUUUGGUAAGGCCCCAACGAGCCGGAUGUUCGCAAUUUUUGUGCAAGUACCUUACUACCUUUAUCUCUGUUAGGAAUUAGGAUAUUCAAUUUCAUUUCAUUCGUUCUUCUUCUGCAGGAGGCCUUGGCGUCUGGCGAUUCCCUCCAAGUUUCCAUUGCUCUUCCUCCCGGCUCCCUCCAUCAUAAUCUACUCAAGACUCGCAGGUAAAUUCAUGGUGGCUUGCUAUCUUGCUCUGUAGAGUUCCUACAGAACCUGAGGAGUCAUAAAUGCGCUCUUGGAAG